CUAUUUCAUACUUUAGUCAGCUUGGUUGUUUCCUCUCCCCUCUUCUUUUUUUUUUAUUCUCGUUUCACUUUUUACCUUUUUUCAUUUGAUUUUCGACCAUGGAUAUGGAUAUGGGCUCAAUGGAUUCCGAGGCCACCCCGCCUAACAUGAACGCACCAUAUGCCAACACACUCGCGGGAUUGCUUGCCGGAUUUAUCCUGCUAUUGACGAUCCGUUGUUGGUUCUUGGUAGCAUGGCGACGAAGAAACCCAUCCACAUGGGUCGGCAGUUGCUUCACAAGAUUGGACCCUAUCAUUAGAAGCUAUUGUUCAGCCGAACGGCGUGUCAUUAAUGCUUGCUCGUACACUGUAUGCGCUGGUCGCCAACCACUUCUUCCUCCUUUGGGCGCUUUGCUGAUUGCCAUCAGCCUUAUUUCCGCUGUCCUUCCGCUGCUGCUCGUUCAAACCGACCUCAAAGUGAAUUCCAACCGUGCCGGAUUUUUGGCGCUAUCCAUUGUUCCCUUUUUACUGGCUUCCACAGGGAAGAACUCGGCCGUCAGUCUUUUGACGGGGAUUUCUUCUGUUCGUUUGAACUGGCUUCAUCGUCUCCUUGGCACCGCCCUGAUACUCCUGACAACGGUUCACAUGGCUUGCAUGCUGUAUGCUUGGGGAAAGUUUCCUUCGUUUUUGCAAUCUCAGUUGGAACUGAACAAAGUGCACUACGGCCUUGUCGGUUACGGGUCCUUGUGUGUGGUUGUCCUCGGCAGCAUCUACCCCGUACGCAAGUACGCUCACGAAGUGUUUCUGGGAACACAUUUAUUAGCUUUUGUGUUUCUUGGGGCGAUUGCAAAGCACACUCCCUACGCGCUCCGCUAUUUCUUUGCAGGCCUUUUCUGCUACGUCCUGAAUGCCCUGGCAGGCUGGUUUGUGAAAUCCUAUUUGGCCCGCGCUCGCAUUGAAAUCCUUCCAGAACGUUGUACCCGACUUACAUUGCGGCUUUCGAGUCCCAUGGUCCAUCAUCCCGGACAACACAUUUACGUAUGCUUGCCUAGCAUUUCAAAGAUCGAAUGGCAUCCUUUUACGAUUACCAGUACACAAGUUGAUAAGGAAGGCGCUUGCGAUACCCGUGUCGAGGUCCAUGCGUGCGUACGCGGCAACUUCACGCGAAAGCUGUACAACACAGUCUAUCCCGAUAAAGAAUUGGUCGCUUUUGUGGCUGGUCCCUGCGGCAUUGCUCACGAUCAUUUGAAAUCGGCCACCAUGCUGCGCAAUGAAGCCGUCGCCAUUGUUACGGCCGGAGCCGGCAUCACUUUUGGUAUGCGGCUCAUUCGUGAAUUGGCUGCUGCCUUGUUGACCCCGUCGGAAAACGACACGGCCAUCCAAACGGGGCCGGUAGUCCUUGAGGACAUUUAUUUCCUUUGGUCUGUCCGUCAUGAAGAAGAAUUAGCCUGGUUCAACUUUGAGCUGCGCCAGUUGCUUGCCGAUUUUGACAAGGCCUACCAAAUAAAGUCGUCCAGCAUGCCUCGAUUACACAUUCAAUACUACAUCACCGGCGGCUCUACCACCGACGCCGGCACCCCUAUCGAAAAAUACGACGAUUUGUCUCUGGCGGCUAUUCCCAAAAUGAACGACCGCAGUGAGCCUUCCACCGUGGUGCCUACCGUGUUCCACAAACAGCAUAUCAAUGCCCGUUGUCUCAUUACGGAUCUUUACAAGCCAGAAUCGUCAUUCGGGCUUUACGUUUGCGGGCCUGCUGGGUUUAAUGCAAGUUUCAAGAACGCUGUUGCGGGAACGAAACACAACUCUCAACUCUUGUUGCACUGCGAAGAUUUCGAAAUCUAAGUUUUUUAUUCCCCCCCCCCACCUUCUAAUCCCCCCUCUCCUCGUGCCCUUUUGCUUACCCGCUGCUUGUCUCCUUCGACUUUGCCCUGUAUCAUACAGAUGUAUUUACCUUUUCGAUAAUUUCCCAUAAGCCAUUUCUUGUUUAUUCAUAUCCGUUCCCAGUAGUAACUAUGUAUAUUAUUUAUGGCGCCGCCAUAGCUAUCAAAUGCUGUUAAACAGCCACACAGCAUCAAUAAAACCUUUGU